AUUUAUUGCUCUGGACACGGAUUGUUGGACUUCUCGAUCUCAAGAAAGUUAUAUGAAUGUGAAUGCUCACAUCGUAAAUAACGUAUGGGAGCCACAAAUAUUCACGUUAAGUAUGCAAGAACUUAGCGAAAGGCAUACGGCGGUAAAUUUAGCGGACAGCUUACAAAAUGUUGCUGCUGAAUGGCAAAUUGACACCAAAAUUGUAUCCAUUGUUCAUGAUAAUGCAAGCAACAUUGUUCUCGCAGUGAACAGCAUGAUGAACGUUGGAUUCAGUUCUAGUUGUGCAGCACACACGAUAAAUUUAGCCGUGAGAGAUGCGUUGAAGAAAGAUAAUAUUUCCAUCGUGCUUGCUAAAGGAAGUAAAAUUGUUUCCCAUUUUCAUCAUUCCGUCAUUGCUUCACAAAUGUGCUUGAUAGCUUUUACAGACUGGCAAGAUUCCACAUUUAUAUGCGCGUGGAACAUUUUGGACAACAGUGGAGAGCGUAGAAGUCCAUGGCAGAGACCUUUUUUGGAUGCUGAUUGCCUGUCCUUGGAUCAAUCUGAGGAAUCCCAAA